AUGGGCCCCGAGCCCCCGCGCAACCGGCACCUGACGAAGGAUGACCUCGGUCUCGAGGAUCUCGGGUAUCGCCCGGAGCUGAAGCGCAACUUCUCCAAGCUCGAGACGUUCGGCGUCGCCUUCAGCAUCAUGGGCGUCGUGCCCUCCAUCGCAAGUACGAUCUGGUACAACCUGCCGUACGGUGGCCCCGUAUCUAUGAUCUGGGGCUGGCUCCUCUCCGCCGGGCUCAUCAGCUUCAUCGGAUUCGCGAUGGCCGAUCUGGCGAGCUCGAUGCCGACUUCGGGCGGCCUGUACUACUGGACGCACCGGCUCGCGCCGCCAAAGUACCAGAACUUCCUGGCGUGGUUCGUUGGAUACAACAGUUUCCUAGGCAACGUUGCGGCGGUGUCGUCGCUGGCGUGGGCGUGCUCAGGGAUGUUCUUUGCCUGUGCGUCUGUCGCGAACGAAGACUUCUCGGCCUCGAUCGGCGCCCAGGUAGGCCUGUACAUCGGCAUCCUGGUGUUCUGCGGCGUCUUCUGCGCGUACGGCACGACGGUCUUUGCGCGCCUGCAGACGCCGAGUGUGAUUCUCAACGUCGUGCUGGCGCUGGUCACGAUCAUCGGGCUGCCGAUUGCGCGGCGCGGCCAGCUCAACUCGGCCAAGUUCACAUUCGGGGGCUGGGCGAAUCUCACCUCGUGGCCUAAUGGCUUCGCAUUCCUCCUCUCUUUCCUCGCGCCGGUAUGGACAAUUUGCUCGUUCGACUGCGCAGUCUCGAUCUCGGAAGAAGCCGCGAACGCAUCCAUCGCAGUCCCGGCCGCAAUUGUAGGCGCCAUCUCCUCGGCCGGCAUCCUCGGCACGCUGAUCCUCAUCAUGGUCGCGCUGAGCAUGGGCCCUGACGUUGCCGCGGUCAACGAGAGCGCGAUCGGCCAGCCGCUCGCAUACGUCUACCUCAUGGCGUUUGGGCAGAAGGGCUCGCUGGCCAUCUGGUCCCUCAUCUGUGUCUCGCAGGUGAGCAUGACGGCAUCCCUCGUCCUCCCCUCCUCGCGCCAAGCGUUCGCCUUUGCACGCGACGGCGCCCUCCCCUUCUCGAACUACUUCCACCACGUCGACAAGUGGACCGGCACACCCGUGCGCACGGUGUGGCUCGUCGUCGGCGCCGCCGUGCCCCUUGGCUUCCUCGGCUUUGCGGAUCCCGAGAACCAAGCCGCGAUCAACGCGAUCUUCGCUUUGGCGAUCAUGGGCCCGUACGUCGCGUACGGCGUGCCGAUCUUUGCACGCAUCUUCUGGAAACGCACGUUCGUCCCUGGGCCAUGGUAUCUCGGGCGCGCGAGUGUGCCCGUCGCAUGGGUCGCGGUCGUGUGGAUGAUAUUCGCGUUCGUCCUCUUCUCCUUCCCAGGGGACAAGAACCCGGCGCCAGGGGAGAUGAACUACGCUAUCGUCGUCACGGCAGCCGUGUGGCUCUUCGCCACCGUGUUCUGGUUCACUAGUGGGCGGCACUACUUCACCGGCCCGCGGACCGAGGAUCUGUCCGACGAGAUCGCGGCGGAUUUCGCAACCCAGGCGGGCGUCAAGCCCACCGAGGAUCCCAAUAAGAAACAGGCGAGCGUCACCGUGCUGCCCGUCGACGACGACGAUGACAGUGGCAAGGGCAAGAGCGUCAGUGUUGUCAACUAG